GUACUCGUUGGAUGAAAGUCAGUUUCAGACUCGCGCUGGACCGUGAAACGUGAUUCCGAGGCGAGUGAUCUUCCGUGAUCGUGCGAUCGUGAUCGUUAGCCAGGAUGUGAGGAGAGAACCUCAUUAAUCCGCCACGCUACGCGGCUCAUCCCAUUGUUAUCUCAAUAUAGAAUUUUCGCAAAAUCUAAGUCGCCUUCUCUCUGUCUUUUUUAUUUCUUUUUAUCCGAAAACAAAAAAUAAAAUUCGCCAAGGGAAUUUUUCCCCCUCGAUUUAAUAUUUAAUUUUUGUGGGACAUUUCUUCAACAACAAAAAAGUUAUAAUAAAUAAAAAUAAAUCUCACAAGGAACCGAAAAUAGUGACAAUCAAAAAUCUUUGGAUAUAAUUCGCGAGUGAUGUAAAGUGUCAAACACGUGCAAAACGAAAUAUUGCCAAAAACCGUUGUUGAUUUAGUCAAAAGAAAAAAAAAAUAUUUUCCUUUUUUCCCCGUUACACGGAGUUUAUUUUUUAUUAACAACAAUAAAUUGUUAAUUUUGAAAUAACAACGAUUCACGAUAACGAGAUUAUAAGUCAUAGGGAAUAAUAAAAAUCGAACAGUGUCGAAAAAGUAAAAAAAAAAAAAUCCCAGUGCUCAUUAGUGUAUGUAAAAUGAUCGAGGAUCUCACGUCUAUACGAAUAUAACGAUUAUCAUCGUAAAUUCAAGAGACACCGAGACACACAAGUGACAUAAGCGUGACGACGAGGUGGUAACGAUCGAUUUCGACUUACGCUCCCUGGCUAUCUCUUUGAGGAGCAAAAGUAUACCCAUCAAAUUAAUGCCUCCGAGAUGAUCAAUAUACAGAUGUGCAUCGAGAAUAUUAAAGAUCUAUCACUUCAAGUGUAGAAUAUUAAUAUUCGAAAGUAUAAAUUAAAAUUCGAAAGUUAAAGAAGAAAAUCGAGAAGUGAAAUUUCAAGGAUUUCAAGCUCUUUCAUUUUUCAAGAAAAAAGCUUAAAAAAACAUAUUUUUUUGCAUCGAAAAAAAGUACAAAAAGUGCAACAAAAAAAAAUAAAUAUAAAAAUUCCUUUUUGCCUCUCAAGAAGAUAAAAAUUGUCAAUCUAAAAAUCAGAAUCAAUAAAGAAGAAGGAAGGAAAAAAAAGAAAGAAAAAUUGCAAGACUGAAAAUUGAUAAUAGAGAAAAGAUAUGGAAAUAGAGAUUUAAAUUUAAGAGGGAAAGUAGAGUUUGAAGAAGUUGUUAAAGAUGAUUUAUCAGUCGAGUCACCAAGCACCGACAAUGUCGUCGUCACGUAAAACUUCUCCACGACCACAGCAUAAAAAUUUGCAAACUGCUGCAGCGACCAAGACUUCCUCGUCAAAGGGAAAGCGUGGGACUUGUCGUACGACAGGAACUGAACGUUGCAGAGGAAGAUGCAGAGUCCAGUGGAGCGAGCAGCACGUUAAAGAGGGACUUGUUUUGGUCCAGGAAGCUCAGCUUGCCAGGGUCGUGAAAACGGGACCAAUCUCCGAGCACUACGAGAUCGAUCCAAAACCAUUCGCAAGCGGUCAGUGGGCGAAGGUAUUUAAAUGCAGAGCCCGAUCAUCUGGAAUUUUAUAUGCAGCCAAAUAUUCGUCUAGGAACAGAUUUAAUGCAGAUUGCAGUGCAGAAUUAAGACAUGAAAUAGCAUUAUUAUCACUAUGCUCACAAUCACCAAGAGUCGUUCGUCUACACGAUGUCUACGAAACACCCAAGGAAAUCAUUUUAGUCAUGGAAUACGCACCUGGCGGAGACCUGCAAACGCUGAUAGACGGUGAUUUGGUGCCCCUCGAAGGUGACGUGGUCCACUUUGUCAGACAGCUAGUGGAAGGACUUGCCUACCUCCACGAGAGAAAUAUCGCCCAUUUGGACAUCAAGCCUCAAAAUCUUGUGAUGAUGGGAAGCUUUCCGGAAUGUGAUGUCAAAUUGUGCGACUUUGAAAUCUCGAGAGUAGUCCUGGAAGGUACUGAAGUCAGAGAAAUUUUAGGAACACCCGAUUAUGUUGCUCCUGAAAUUUUACACUACGAACCAAUAACAUUGGCGGCUGACAUGUGGUCACUGGGUGUAACGACAUACGUCCUUCUGACGGGUUUCUCACCAUUUGGUGGUGAAACUGAUCAGGAGACAUUUCAAAAUAUUUCAUUGGGCGAAGUCGACUUCCCAGAGGAACUUUUUGAGGACGUUUCCGCUCAGGCAAAGGACUUUGUUGCCAAACUACUCGUGCUUGAUCCAAGUGCACGAAUGACAUCGAAACAAUGUUUACGUCAUGAAUGGUUACGAGGAGCGCCAACACAAGCGUCACCGCACUUACGAAGAUAUUUAUCGAAAUCCCGUGAAGUUCUUUUGGAACGAGUUGUGAGCAGGGAAAAUUUGCGACGUGCAGCCCUUUUGAGUCAAGCGAGCAGCAAUGCAAAUCUCACGGAAAGCGAUCAAAAUCAGGGCCUCAAUUGCACAUUGAGUCAAAGUGAAAUGUGCUUGAGCUACAGUCGUACAGGAAGUCGUGGAAGUCUCCCAGGCAGUGAGGAAUUUAUGAGUCCAGCCGAUUCCCAAACGAGUCUCAAUUCAUCGCAAACAAGUCUCGCAAUGAGCCAGAGUUGUUUACUGAACAAGGAACAAACUCAAGGUCUUCUCACUCAAGCUCAAAGUAAAUCGCAGGCAAAUUUAAAUCUCGGCGCAAGUCGCGGUCUACUGUCACGAAUGAGAAGUCUAAAUCAAAUUCAAUCGCAAGCUUGUCUAUUGAAUGGAAAUAAAGGCGCUGGUAAGGAAAUUCUCAGUCCACUAUUUGGAAGAUCAAGGGAAAAACUCUAUGGUUUAAAGAGUUUGUCAAAGUCGCAGGGUGUUUUGGAUAUUUAUCGAAGUCUCGAGAGUUUAAGACAGAGGAAGAAAAAUCAACGAGCACAAACUGAAGAUAUGCUUCCAAUAUUUAAACAACUCAGUGUCGAAAUUGCCGCGUCGAAUGCCUCCUUGGUCUCAUCUUGCGAUGCCAAUUCACUUCCGGCUCGCGAUCGAAUUCCAAGGAUUUCUCGUCCACGGGAAUUGUUAACGAAAAUCCCCAUUGCCGCUGAGAAAUUAUCUUCUUCUGGAAUUGAGAGCAAAAGAAUCGAAAGCAAAAUUCCAUUUUCCAAAGGAGAGAGUGGAGAAAACAGAAGAGACAAUUUGGACAAACUUGGGAAAAAGAAUACCGAAGAUAUGAUAGCGAGGGAAAUCGAGAGAAAACAGGAACUUAAAAUGCAAGACGUUCCAAAGAGUUCAACUUCAGGAUCGGAGGAGAAUCUCGAUUCCCUGCAGUCCAUUGAAUCGGACACGCUCACUGAAGAUUCGGACGAGACAACACCCGAUCGUAGUCUAUUGUCCGUGAAACCGUGUCAUAGACAACAUUCCGACAUUUCGAAUCAUUCCAACAAUUCGGCGAAUUCUGAUGACAAGGACGAGCACACCGAGUCUGAAAACGAAGAGCCAAAAUACACCGUUGCACAAUUGGUCUCAGCCUUCAAUAAACACCAGGAAGUCGCGUCGAAAACCAGUCUCGAGGCCAUCAUGACCGAGAAACGAGUCAACGAAGUCACAUUCCCAACUGGACCGAAAGCCCUAAGACUCUUCAUUCCCGAUAUCAACAUCACCGAGAGAAGUAUCGUUCGUCGUAAAACGAGUUACAAACCAAGAAAAAAUUGGGAGGAACUACGAAAACGUAGCGAGAAAAACGAGGGCAUUCUCAAGGAUUUUGACAACGAUUCCGGAAACGAAGACGAUGAGGACGAUAUUGAACCGACCGAAACUGAAAUAGAGCAGAAAAUUAUCGAUCAUUCGACAAUUACUCAAACUAUUCCCACCGAGCAGACAAAAUUCGAAAUUCAAUUAGUAAAAAUUGAUCUCAAUUCAAAAUUAAAUGAUCAAGCCAAAUUCAAAACUUAUCAGAAUUUUCAACAAUGGCCCACCUACGAGAGCAAUCAAAUUAAACUCACAAUCGACGAUUCCGCUUUUUUGGAGGAGCCCGAGGUGCGCAAUACCCUAGACACCAGAAUCGACGAGAAAUACAAACAGUGCGUCGACGGCGUCAAGUUAACGAAACACGAAAAGACUGACAAGUUUUCUAAAUCUAAAAACGAGAGAACUAGAAUUGAAAAAUCCGACAAAGGAGAAAACGAGAGAAUUAAAAUUGAAAAAUCCGACAGAGGGGAAAACGAGAGAAUUAAAAUUGAAAAAUACGACAAAGGGGAAAACGAGAGAAUUAAAAUUGAAAAAUACGAUAAAGGGGAAAACGAGAGAAUUAAAAUUGAAAAAUCCGACAAAGGGGAAAACGAAAGAACUAAAAUUGAAAAAUACGACAAAGGGGAAAACGAAACAACUAAAAUUGAAAAAUACGACAAAGGAGAAAAAUCGGAUAGAGAAAAAUUAGACAAAGGGAAAAGUGUAGAAAAAAUACAGAAAACAUGCCCAAAAUCAAGACCGUCCUUGUAUCAAAAAGAACGAGUAGCAAACUACAUUUACCCCGAAAUACAAAUCGCCUCCCACUCACGAAAAGACGACGAUCGUGCCUAUAAAUCAAAAUUCACCGACAGCACUGUAAAUUUAAAAGACAUUUUACAGAAAAUCGACAAUUUCCAAACAACCCCAAAGGAAAAUCUCGAGAAUCUACGAAAACGCACAACAAUAGCGAAAAUAAUUCUCAACGAUAAUUUACUUCCCGACAACGAUACAAACAAUAAUGGAACAUCAGGAAAUCGUGUCGCAACUCAACAGGAGGAAAAUAAUUCAAAACUCGACGUUCCACCCUCAUUCGUCAGAUCCUCAUCGCUAUCGAGUGAAGGAAGUUGUCCAACCCCCUCGAGUGUUCAAUCCGACAUUGGAAUGUCCUGGGAGGACGUUCAUCCAAAUCGUGAUUCAACACCAAGUCUAGAAAAAGAGGAAAUCAAGAAUUCCAAACGACUCCCAACAUUGUGGACAGAAAAAACGGAAUCAUCUCCUCGAUCAAAUAUCGAAAUGAGAAGUCGUUCGAGUGUCAAUUUGGAGGACAGAAAAAUUUGGGGUAAAGUUUGCACUGGUUCCUAUACACGAGCUAUGGAGAGAUUUAAUAAUGGAAAGAGUGCGGAUACGAGUCGAAAGUCCGGAUCAUUGUUGGGUACAUCAACAACGCAACAAUCGGAGAAAAUUCGACGAAAGAGUACGCCGGUGAUGCCACAAUUUGUCGAUUCUUAAAGGAAAAAGAGAAGGAAAAUAGAUUUUAAAAAAAUACCAAUUUUAUCGAAUUGGGAAUUUUGUAGAAUUUUUUCUUUUAUCGAAGCUUAUUUCAAGGUUACUGGAUGAUCGCUAAUGAAGGAUUUACAACAUCUUGGAAAAGAAAAUUAAUUUUGGAGGCUAAGGAAAUUAUUUUACAAAAAAAGAAUGAAGACUAUGAUCUAACCUUCUUUCGCGAUUAUCCAAACUCAAAUAUCUUCAUCUUAGAUAAGUUAUUUCCUAAUUGCAAGGAUCACAGUAACUUUUACUCUUAAAAUAUAAUUGAAAAGGUAAAUUAUUAUCUAAAAAUAAGUGUCAAAAAAGACAAAAAAUUCAUUUAUU